CUCUCUCUCUCUCUCUCUCUCUCCCUUCUGCAGCAGCAGCCUUGUGACGUCAAGGAGGGCUGGAGCGCUUCCUCCGUCCUCCGUAGCGGCAAAGGGAAGGAAAAUGAGCACAAGAGGAUUGACAUUGUGGGGCUUGGACGAUGCCGUGACAAGACCAAGUGACAGUUGCCACCAUGCGAGCUUCUAAAAUCCGUCACCCCCCCGCCGAUCACCCGAUACUGUCGCCAUCGACGGAUACUGUCGCCAUGAGAGGAUCCGAUGGGUUCUCGGCCCAGCGGCGCCACCGUCCGGUCGCGUGAGCGCCCCCGCCACCUCUUCCCGCAGAUCCCGCGCGGCAUGGCCUCUCUGGACCUGCCAUAUCGCUGUCCUCGCUGCGGGGAGCACAAGCGCUUCCGAAGCCUGUCGUCCCUGCGCGCCCACUUGGAGUACAACCACACGUACGAGACCCUCUACGUUCUCUCCAAGUCCAGCAGCGUCUGCGACGCCGCCGCCCUGCUGCCCCUGGUGACGGAGGGAGCCCUCCUGCCGCCGCCCAACAAUAACGACCCCCUUGAGCCUCUGCAGCCGUCGGCUUUGAAAGAACGCCGCUUCCCCUGCCGCGAGCUUCCUUGCGUGGACGACCUGAGUUUGACGCCGGCGAGCUCCAACACUCCCGCCAGGUACAUCCCCAAUGUGGAGUUUCCCCUGGGGGAGAUUUUGAUGAAGACGGCCAUGACAUCCACAGACCCCGGCCCCUAUGGGAACCCCAGUACAGCCGUGGCCGUAGCAGCUAACGUCGCCGCCAGCGCAGUGGAGGCGGCUUAUGAAGAAGGCCUGGCCAGGUUGAAGGCUCGCGCGUUUGAACGUCUUGAGCUGGAUGAGAGGAUGGAGAAGCUUUCUGAAGAGGUGGAGCAGAAAAUAGCGGCCCGCGUAGGCCGACUCCAGGCCGAGCUGGAGAGAAAGAGCUCCGAGCUGGAGCGGGCCAAGCAUGAGAGCGAGCGGCUCAGCCAGGAGAAGCAAGAGCUCGAGGACAAGGCCUUGGAGCUUUCCCGGCAGGUGGACGUCUCGGUGGAAAUGCUGGCCAACCUAAAACAGGACCUGGUGAACAAGGAGGCGGAGCUCAGCCACAAGCAGCAGGAGGUGGCCCAGAUCGACCAGUUCCUGCAGGAGACCGCGGCGCGCGAGGCCAACGCCAAAGUUCGCCUGCAGCAGUUCAUCGAGGAGCUGCUGGACCGUGCCGACCGCGCCGAGAAGCAGCUGCAAAUCAUCAGCAGCUGCGGCACCACGCCCAACGGAAGCCUGGGACGCUGCAGCCUACAGGGCAAGGGCAACGGACGCCAGAGGAACUCCAGCAUCUCUGGAAGCACAAGAGGCAUCUACCAAGCAUCCGAAAGACGUUCCUCCCCAAGUACAGGCGCCGCAUCGGGUCGGAUCAAGUCGGUCUCACAGGGUUCCGGCGGAUACGACAGCGACAGCGUGGAGAUGCACCCCAUGGAGGAUUGCCCCGAGGCUCAGUACUACCACAUGCAGUGCCGCCUGAACGAGGCGGCCUACGAGCGCUCCCCCGGAUGCGGCGGAGGGGGGAGGAACUGGGGGCUCCGCAAACAGGCCAUCCAGAACUGGCAGCGGCGGCCUUACAGGAACAGCACCGAGGGCGAGGAGGGAGACGUGUCCGACGUGGGCUCUCGGACGACCGAGUCCGAAGUGGACAUGUGGGAGCAGGAGAGGAGGGCGGUGGCGGAGGUGCAGCAGUCCGGCGCCCCCUAUCCUUACCACGGCAGGGCUGCAUAUCGACCUAACGCAGGUCGAUGUGAAGGCGUCUACAGCAAACCGUGCCGCCACGACAAGAGCCCGUCCAAAUCCAACGAGGUGAUCAGUCCGGAGAUCCUGAAGAUGCGCGCCGGCUUGUUUUGCAUCUUCACCUACUUGGAUACCAAAACGCUGCUGAGAGCUGCGGAGGUCUGCCGAGACUGGAAGUUCGUGGCCCGCCACCCGGCCGUGUGGACCAGAGUCUUGCUGGAGAACGCGCGCAUUUCCUCCAAGUUGCUGGGAACGCUGUCUCAGUGGUGCACUCAGACGCAUUCGCUCAUCCUGCAGAACCUUAAACCGCGACAGCGCGGAAAGAAGGAAACCAAAGACGAGUACCUCAAAAGCACACGUGGGUGUCUGGAGGAGGGUCUGGAGGCGCUUUUGAAGGCCACGGGAAGUCACCUGCUCAUCCUCAAGAUCUCGCAUUGUCCCAACCUGCUGACCGAUCGCUCCCUCUGGCUGGCCAGCUGCUACUGUCGAGCUCUGCAAGCCGUCACUUACAGGAGUGCUACAGACCCAGUCGGCCAGGAAGUCAUCUGGGCCCUCGGAGCUGGCUGUAGAGACAUUAUCUCCCUGCAGGUGGCGCCACUACACCCAUGCCAACAGCCGGCUCGGUUUAGUAACAGAUGCCUGCAGACCAUCGGGAGGUGCUGGCCGCAUCUCCGUGCGCUCGGCGUGGGGGGAGCGGGAUGUGGCAUUCAGGGGCUGGCCUCACUGGCGAGAAAUUGCAUGCGGCUCCAAGUGCUGGAGUUGGACCACGUGAGUGAGAUCAACCAGGAGGUGGCAGCAGAGGUCUGCAGAGAGGGUCUGAAGGGCCUGGAAAUGCUGGUGCUCACCUCCACGCCCGUCACCCCCAAAGCUCUCCUCCAUUUCAACAGUGUGUGCCGCAACCUGAAGUCCAUUGUGGUGCAGAUCGGUAUCGAAGACUACUUCGAGGACCCCAACAGCCCCGAAGCAAGGAAGCUGUUUGAUGAGAUGGUGAACAAGCUCCAGGCUUUGAAGAAAAGGCCCGGCUUCUCCAAGAUCCUCCACGUGAAAGGGGACAAUCUGUGCUAACAUCAUUUUCCGCAGCGUGUGUCGAGAGCCGCCGUCGUUGCCUCCCACCGCGGUGGCGCCAUUCAAGUCAGAAAAGACGCCGCUCCGUGUGUGCGUGCGUGUGUGUGUGUGUGUGUGUGUUUGUGCUCGUGCGUCGCCCGGCCGCAACAAACCGAAGACUGGGCCGCCAUGAUGAACCCGUCCGUGCUUUAGCAGAGGCACUUGUUGCUUGUUGCUGGGGGUCGGGUGGGAAGGUGAGGGGGAUUUAUGCGCUGCGGUGUUGGUUUUGACUUGACACACAUAGACACAAAAAAAAAAUAAUAAUGAGGUCAGGCUUGGCUUUUCGGGUCAUGUUGCAUCUCGGAGCGGGAUCUCUCUCUCUCUUUUUGAAAGGCGCAAUUGUACCUGACCACGUGCCCGCCGCCCGACGCGCCCCCGAGGGUCGCGUUAAUCCGUCCGACUGGAGACGAACGACUGAAUCGAAACUUCCAGCUGCUAACUUCCUGCACGAGAAGCGCGAUGAACGCGACGCUUCUUCUUUUGCUGAUGCUUUAAAAACAAAACAAGUAUCAGGAGAACAGCAUGCGGGAUUCAUUUUAAUCUCCAAAGCGGUGCCAUUGGUGUCCGUCCUCAUUUCAGAGAUUUUUUUUUUGUUUGUUUAAAUCCGACGUGCCAUUGAUGUGGAAUUAUUUCAUAUUUUUCCAAUCAUAACUAGAGCGAUUGAUCAGACCUUAGUGCGGUCUUGAUUCUCCCCCCCACUCCUCCCUUUGGGGCGCCUUCUGCCGGACUUUUCCAACCGCGUUCACAAUCUACUGGCAGGAUUCGUUUCUGGCGGACAAUAAUUCAGAGGGUCCUCGGUUGUUACCGAGGAGGGCGCCGCCAUAAGAAUGCGAUCACGCCGCGCGUGGAGGACCGCUCAGUUUCCGCCGUACUUUCCGUUUGAUUGGAUCGUUUUACAGUAUUUACGUCCCGGGAGGGUUUUUCCAUCCAAAUCGGUAUAUUAAGCCGUGCUUUGAAGUAGGUUGGCGACGGACCGAGUCCCGUUCCGACUCGCGUACAAAUUCUGUUGUAAUUUACGUUGGAACUCUGCCGUUAUUGGAGGACUUGGGAUCUGGAAUUCUUGAAGAAAUGGACCUUUCCGACUGGCUAUCUUCAGCUCCGCCCCCUUUAGCAACAGUUGGCAUCUUCCACAAUCUUCCAAAAUGGCGACUGAACAGAACACGUUUAAAUUUGAUUCUCUAUCGUGUAUUCCAGAUAAUAUUUCAAUAUGGUUUUUUUGCCAAAUGCGUCAGACUUGUCCAAGAGGGUUCUACGGAGAGGGCUGAACUAUUUCACGCAAGGAUACGUACACGGAAUUAAUAUUUUGGACGGAGCAGGACGCAAUGUCGGAGUUACAGUGAAACGUUGGCGAUCGAUGCAAAAAAAAAAAGUUUGACGCCUCACAAACUUCAUAUUGUAAUCCAACAGGAUAAAAUAGUGGAAUCGUACCGCGCAUGUAAAGCAGGGUGAGAACUUUUUACUUGGAAAGAUCACCCUCAGUCCCUUGAAACAUACAGCCUUGCGUUUGUUGAUAUCGUCCACAUCUAGUUGUAUGUGCGCUCUUCCGCGAGCCUUAAUCCAUCGUAGACACUUCGUCAACUGUGUUUUAGGUUUUGGAAAAUGAAUCAAGCGGGCCCCUCGUCACCGAGCCGGAUAUCUUUCAUCAGAAUUUCACGUUCCCCAAGCGCAUCUGAGGACCAUUUUCUUCGUAACAUUAACUUUUCCAAGCGCACGCUACUGACAACCAGCAUUGCUUGUGGGACAACAUGGCGGCAGGGGCGUGUCAAGUCAAUGCAAUCAAUUAUCUCAUUGGCUACUAUUGUACGAAUGAUUGACAGGUCGGAAAGGUCCAUUGCGCGAGUGCUGAAAGAGGCCAAAGAAUUGAGGACCCGAAUGCAAAGCAAUGCCUAUUAGGGAUGAGCAUUUCUUUCAUUGCAUUUCCUUGAUCGAUUGAGUUGGAAAAAAAAUCCCUUUUUGUCAUAUUUGUUAAAUUGAGUGAGUGUUAUUAUUUGUAUUAUUUUUAGAGGGAUGAGAGAAGCUCUCCGGGAUGGUUCUGAACUCUUGUUGUCAUGUUGAGUGGUUGCCUCCGUUGCUUCAGAACACUAUUAAUCAACAAUCGAUUCCAUAUCUCUAGCAAUCAAUUACCGUAAUUUCCGACCUAUAGAGCGCACCUGAUUAUAAGCCUCACCCAAUACAUUUGUAAAGGAAAUACCAUUUGGUACAUACAUACGCCGCACCUGUGUAAAAGCCGCAAGCGCCCGCAUUGAAACACGAGAUAUUUACAAAGGAAGACGGUACACAGAAAGAGUUUUCAAAGUUUUAAUACCUUAGCUUAGCAUAGCAACAACACGCUAGCACAGCACUAAUAGAGCCAGUUAAAAAAAAACAUGCUGGUAAAAAUCACUGAGAUGCCGCAGUCACACAGCAGCAAUAUGCUAGCGGGGCACUAAUGCUAGCGCGGCGCUAACAGGGGUGGUUAAAAAAAACAUACCGGUAAAAGUCACUUCCUUGGCACAUAUAUUCCACCAGUCUCACUCUUACCUUUUCCGCUCGAGUGCCCCCUUGUGGCCGUUGGGAAAAAAAAUGCACAAAUUAGCCGCAUCAACGCAUAAGCCGCAGGGUUGAAACCGUGUGGGAAAAGUCACGGCUUGUGGGCCGGAAAUUACGGUAAAUGACGACAGUGCUCAACAACGAUUCGUAGGUACAACCGCGCACUCUUACCACCGAGUGGCUGUGAUCAGUAAUGACAUAUUGACAAGCGAUUUUAAAUUGCAUUUUCGACGUUGAAUUGAUUUCCGUCCUUUACUUUGCAAAUGAGGAUUAUUUGGGUAAAGAAAACCAUGUGGGAGUCACACAGUCAGCCCACCCGUGACCCUAAUAUGCAAAAAAUGAUGGAUCGGUAUCGUGUGUGCCAUACAUCGUUUUUAUUAAAAAAAAAAAAAAAAAAAAGAAAGAAGCACAUAUCUGUGAAUGUUUGCCUCUCAGCAUUCACAAAGGGAGCACCUUUUUAUUAUUUUGAUUUUUUUUCUGGUACGCUGGCCACCACUUUCUUUUUUUUUGUUUGUUUGUUUUUUGUUCGGAAAACCACGGCACAUUGAUCGCAUCAGCCGGAACGAGAAAAAAAUCGAGCUGCAGAAAAUUGGAGAUGGUUGUCUACGGUAAAUGUGCAGCGUGAGGCACUAAAGUAACUUUAACAUCUUUGUUUGUUUGUUUGUUUUUGUUGCGUCAACUCAGCGUUUAGAAGUAUGAGGCCCCCGUCGGGGACACAUCAAAAUUCAGGUCUUGUGGUUUCACUUGUCUAUGAACAAAAACAAAUCCAAAACAGAAUAAGAGGUCAUCCUGAAAUGGGCUAACUCCAUUUUUUUUUUCGUCAUUUUGCAGUAGAGUGAUUGAAAAUUUGAUAACUAGAAGUUGAUUUAUUUGGCAGUGAUUAAUUCUUCUGGAAACUUGUUUUUACAGAAAUUAUGGUUUUAGUUUAAUAAUAAUUUCCUGAUAUUUAUGUGGAACAGUGAUAACUGGUUAGCCUCGCAGUUCAGAGGUCGGGGGUACGCGUCCGGUACUUCGCCACUUACCGCCCACGUUCCGUGUCUCGUGAUUGGCUGGUGUACCCCAAGUCAGCUUGAGCACACCGCCGACUCUAUUAAACAGCAGGCACGUGCACAGAGAUUCUUAGGGGCAGGUGCUCAGGCUUAUACAAUCAAGAGAAACAAUCAUGCGAUGAAGAAACACAGUAAUAUAUAUUUAACUUACAUUUUUAUUUCUGUUAAUCGCUAACAGAUGAGGUGAGGGUCAUGAAAAGUAAACACAACCCUGUUCAAAUGACUGAGUCGGGUGGGGUCAAGGCGGCACCACGUGUACAAUUCUCACAAGGACUCAAAUAAAUUUGGGUAAAAAUGGGGAUGGAUUUUUUUUUUAAUUUAUUUAUUUUUUAAAUAUUGAUGAGUGAAGAAAAAUGGGCGGCACGGUGACUCAGGUCAAAAGCAUUGGCCUCACAGUUCUGAGGUCCCAGGUUCGAUCCUGGCCCCGCCUGUGUGGAGUUUGCAUGUUCUCCCCGUGCCUGCGUGGGUUUUCUCCAGGCACUCUGGUUUCCUCCCGCAUCCCAAAGUCAUACAACAUUAAUUGGACACUCUAAAUUGCCCAUAGGUGUGAUUGUGAGUGUGGCUGUUUGUCUUGAUGUGCCCUGCGAUUGGCUGGCAACCAGUUCAGGGUUUCCUGCCUUUUGACAGCUGGGAUAGGCUCCAGCACUCCCCGUGACCCUGGUGAGGAUAAGCGACUAAGAAAAUGGAUGCAUGGAUUAGCAAAUGAGGUGAGGGUAGGCUAUAGUGGCUUAUAAAAAGUAAGCGCAACCCUGUUCAAAUGAUGGAGUCGAAUGGGGUCAAAACAACACCACGUGUAAAAUUUGGGUAAAAUGGGGAUGGAUUUUUAAAUGUAUUUUUUAAAUAUUAAUGAGUGAAGAAAAAAUGUUUUUGUUUUUUAGCAAAAAGAGCCCUUGUUUGUUAGUGUAAAAAUCCAGGUGCUUGAGCACCCGUGAGUGGUUAUGUGUGCACGUGGCUGAUAUGAAGUGUAGAAAAUGGAUAGAAGACUCCAAUACUGUACAUUAUUAGUUUAAUUUCUAAAAAUGUAGUGCAAAUGUCAUCUAAGUCCAAAAAUCUGUCAAAUAUUUCAAUAUUUCACAAAAGAUGAUAAAUAAAGUCACUUAACCUAGAAUGCAGAUGUACCGGCACCCAAGCUGAAAUAUUCAUUACUUAUGCAGAUUCCGAGCCGUAGUCAUCUUUUUAGAUGAUUUAGUCUUUAUUCAUUUUUUCACUUGAAAAAGAAAAAAAAUGGAAUUAGCCCACUUUAGUUGUCCAAUCUUGUGGCUGAAGGCCCCGCAUAUGGAAGCCCGCUCGUACCUGCCAGCCGGAAGCUGGUCGAGGACGUAAACUAGCAAUACUGACAUCCACCGAUCCUGCAAACAAACUCUGGAUUGAGCCUUUCCAAUCAGGUAACUCGUGUACACGACUCCCCUCAGUUGGUAGAAGUACAUCGUAAGGGCGCGGGACGCGGUGAAUUUGCUCAAAGUGCAAUACGGUUUGAAGCCCGAGGAACUCGCAAAAGUUUCUGGCAGCAAAACUCACGUUGGCGCACAAGUUUGACGCAGGACGACAAAGAAUGGAACCGUCUAAUUGCUGGCAUGUCGGCGAUGCUUUGUUUUUAGCUAGCUUUAGCUU